UUAAUUCCAGCAAACUGAACUCCCCGGGAUAACUCCAAUUUGCAUUUAUCGGAUGAAGAUCACUGUGGUGCCAUUGCGCGCAAAGGGUUUCCGAAUAUAAGAAGGGGAGCGCGCUGGAGAAGCAAGGAGGCUGAUAGAAAUUCACUCUUUUUCCCUGUUUGUUUUGGUUCAUUCUUCUCGCUCCCUCUUUUCUCGUUUGGAUUCACUAUAGGAGGCAUUCAGCUAUCUGGAGGGACACCUUUCACUUCCCGGCAUCUCACACCAGUAUAGGCAAAUGGAGCAAACCUAUGGAGAGGUGAACCAACUAGGCGGCGUGUUUGUCAACGGGAGACCCCUGCCCAACGCCAUAAGGUUGAGAAUCGUGGAACUGGCCCAGCUAGGCAUCAGACCCUGCGACAUAAGCCGACAGCUGCGAGUCUCCCAUGGCUGCGUGAGCAAGAUUUUAGCGAGGUACAACGAGACGGGCUCCAUCUUGCCCGGUGCCAUCGGUGGGAGCAAGCCGCGCGUAACGACGCCAAACGUGGUGAAGAACAUCAGGGAAUACAAACAGAGCGACCCCGGGAUCUUUGCCUGGGAGAUCAGGGACAGGCUUCUAGCCGACGGUGUUUGCGACAAGUACAACGUUCCCUCAGUGAGCUCGAUCAGUAGGAUUUUACGCAACAAGAUCGGGAAUCUCUCCCAGCCUAACCAGUACGAGAGUAGCAAGCAAGCCUCCGCGCAGGCCGGUCUUUCCUACAAUCACAUAUACCCUUACUCCUACGCCAACGCAAUGUCUCCAACGGGCACUAAAAUGGGCACCCCACCUGGAGUACCGGUAACUGCUGGGCAUGUGAGCAUAUCGAGGGCCUGGCCUUCCCCACACACCGUCACCAACAUCCUGGGAAUACGAGCAUUCAUGGAUCCUACAGGAAUUGCUGGAACGGAGGGAUAUCCGACAAAAAUGGAGGACUGGAGCAGCAUGAACAGAGCAGCUUUUCCUGCUUCUCACACGGUCAACGGGAUCGACAAGCCAGCCAUCGACGCAGACAUAAAAUACGCUCAGCCUUCCUCCACUCUGUCCAGUUAUGUCUCGGCGUGCGCCUACUCUCCAAGCAACCAGUACGGGGUUUAUAGUGGCCCAGCAGGAGGCUACGUGGCCCCGGGCCACCACCACUGGCAGCCACAAAGCCCGGCCCUUUCCCACCCAGGCAGCGGGAUGGCCAUGCACGCGGGGGAGAUCCACUCGCCCAUGGCCUUCAAACAUCAAGUCCGAGAAGGAGACCGAAAGCCCCCCAGUCCUCUGAGCAAACAGCACCAACAUGAAGACUUGAACAGUGUGCAUGGACUCUCUCUCGCUACCUCAUCCUCCUAACCGGGACUAAAACACACCUUAAUUACCAGACACAUUUAACUGAACUAAUUUCAACAGCUCCAACAGUAAGUGAGAUGACUACAUUGGCUUGUUUGUGACUGACAGUCAAAAACAAAAACGCAGGCCCCGUCAACGUGCGUAACGCAGCAGCUCUGUCGGCCUUCGUGGCUACUUGAAUGUAAGCUUGCAUGGAUGUAUCGGUGUUUUCCCCUCCCUGGUGGAUAGUUUAUUUCCCUUUUUCUAUGUUGCUGAAAUAUUUCAUGUUGCUAGGCUGUAUCUAAUUGAGGCUACAGGAUAAAAUAAAAACUACAUGUAAAUCCGCUCAAUGUUUAUUAUAAGACCAGGUCUAUUCAGUGAUUCGCCUUUUAUUAUUGUCCUAAAUUGUGACCAUGAGUGACUUGACGAUGCGAACAAAGGUUAUAAAUUGUCUAAAUGUAAAAUAUAUACUAAAGCUUUAAUUCUAUAUUUUUAUAAUUUCAUUGUGAAUAUAUAUAUAUAUUAAAAAAAUAAAGGCCGUCUUCAAUGCCA